AUGGCUCCCACGGCGGCUCAGCGCACGUGGGAGGCUGAGAACGACAUCAUUACAGUCGAUCCUACCUCCAACGCACUCUACAAGCUGCCCACUCACUCUGAAUACCAGGCUCUGCAAAAUGCGCACCCAUGGCGAACGAACCCAAACUAUUUCACCCACGUCAGAAUCUCCGCCCUGGCAUUACUCAAAAUGACAACUCACGCUGCGAGUGGUGGUGAUCUUGAAAUAAUGGGCCUCAUGACCGGCUAUGUCAGUGGCACGUCCCUGAUCAUAACAGAUGCCUUCAGGCUUCCUGUUGAAGGUACCGAGACUCGUGUAAACGCUCAGGCCGACGCAGACGAAUAUAUGGUCAUGUUUGGCGAGCUGGCUCGGAAUGGAGGUGGACAACAAGAGAAUCCGAUCGGAUGGUACCACUCUCACCCUGGCUACGGCUGUUGGUUGUCCGGUAUCGACGUCUCUACCGAGAUGCUGCAGCAAUCUGUCAACGACCCAUUCGUGGCUGUUGUCAUCGAUCCCAAGCGCACGGUCUCCGCGGGCAAAGUCGAAAUUGGUGCUUUCCGCACCUAUCCUGAAGGCCAUCGUCCCGCAAACAAAGGCUUCAACGAUGACGACGAGUUCCAACCUGUCCCCGUAGACAAGCAAGAUGAUUAUGGUGCACACUCCAACUCAUACUACCCUCUCGAAGUCACGCAUUUCAAGUCUAGUCUUGACAGCCACUUGCUUGACUUGCUGUGGAACAAAUACUGGACUUCGACUCUCUCCCAGUCGCCUCUCUACACGAACCGCGACUUCUCAAACAAGCGCAUCCACGAUCAUUCCCUAAAGCUUCGUGCUGCAGCCAACAAGUACCGCUCCUCCGGACCUUCCAUGACUGCCCGCCCUCGCGAGCUUGUGAGCAGCGCUGAUGCCAACCGCAACAUCAAGGUGCAGAAUGAUGGCGAGAUGGAGAAGCUUGUCCGGACUGGCGAACGCAUUGCCGGUGAGGAGGUUGCCGGUCUUUGGGCCGAUGAGGUCAAGAAGAAGCUCUUCAUGGGUGUGGUGCAGGAGGCACGCCUGAACGCUGCCAAGCAGCAGGCGACUGCGGCCGCUGCUGGCUCGGCUGCGCAGUCUCAGGUUUGA